AACUUUACGCGGCGCCAUCGGCUGAAAACUAAACCGAGAUGGAAUCUCCCAGUCUGAACCGGUUUCAACCGGUUGCGAGUGAGUUGCUUGAGAGAGGAAAGGAGGCGCAGGCACACAACCUCCAUACCGACCUGCUGGAAAUUGAAUAAGAGUGACGAAUUUGUUAGCGUUGUGUAUCAAGGUUUGCUUUCGGAAAAUGUCUCGGAGUGACAUAUUUGUGGCUUUGCCGUGAUUGUAGUUUCGGAAUCCACAUCAGUGGCUCCUACCGGGCAGACAUCCUCAGUGCCGGAGCUGGACAUUGGAAACCUUUUCUAAUCAACUCAAGUGCUGACUAAAUCUGGUAGCUUCUUUGGGCGAACGUCGCACUUUUCAAUCAGAGCCUCGGACUAUAGGUAGGUCAACUGGAGUGAAGUGCAACCAAACUGCGAAGCUCUAUGCCAGCAAUUAUGACAAUGUUAGCAGACCAUGCAGCCCAGCAGCUGCUGGACUUCAACCAGAAACUGGAUAUCAACCUGCUGGAUAACGUGGUGAACUGUCUAUAUCAUGGGGUGGGACCUCAGCAAAGAAUGGCACAAGAAGUGUUGACACACCUGAAGGAACAUCCGGAUGCCUGGACGAGAGUGGACACCAUCCUUGAGUUCUCGCAAAACAUGAACACCAAAUACUAUGCCCUCCAGAUUUUGGAAACUGUUAUCAAAACAAGAUGGAAGAUUCUUCCCAGGAAUCAAUGUGAAGGGAUAAAAAAGUAUGUUGUUGGUCUCAUUAUUAAGACGUCAUCAGAUGCUGCCAGUGUGGAGAAAGAAAAGGUGUACAUUGGAAAGCUGAAUAUGAUUCUUGUUCAGAUCCUGAAGCAGGAAUGGCCCAAGCACUGGCCCACGUUUAUCAGCGACAUCGUAGGAGCGAGUCGGACCAGCGAGAGUCUUUGUCAGAACAACAUGGUGAUUCUAAAACUGCUCAGCGAGGAGGUUUUUGACUUCUCUAGUGGUCAGAUGACCCAGGUCAAAGCCAAACAUCUAAAAGACAGUAUGUGCAAUGAGUUCUCCCAGAUAUUCCAGCUCUGCCAGUUUGUUAUGGAAAAUUCCCAGAAUGCCCCCCUGGUCCACGCCACUCUGGAAACCCUCUUACGUUUCCUCAACUGGAUUCCUUUGGGCUACAUCUUUGAAACCAAGCUGAUCAGCACCCUGGUGUAUAAGUUCCUGAAUGUUCCCAUGUUUCGCAAUGUGACACUGAAGUGUUUGACAGAGAUCGCUGGCGUUAGCGUCAGCCAGUACGAGGAGCAGUUUGUCACACUCUUCACCCUGACCAUGUGUCAGCUCAAGCAGAUGCUUCCCCUGAACACCAACAUCCGGCUGGCCUACGCCAAUGGGAAAGAUGACGAGCAGAACUUCAUCCAAAACCUCAGUCUCUUCCUUUGUACCUUCCUGAAAGAGCACGGGCAGCUCAUUGAGAAGCGACUCAACCUGAGAGAAACGUUAAUGGAGGCCCUCCACUACAUGCUGCUGGUGUCAGAAGUAGAGGAGACUGAGAUCUUCAAAAUUUGUCUGGAGUAUUGGAACCACCUCGCUGCUGAGCUCUACAGAGAAAGUCCUUUCUCCACAUCCACGUCUCCGCUUCUCUCCGGCAACCAGCACUUUGACGUGCCACCACGCAGACAGCUCUAUCUGCCCGUGCUCUCCAAGGUGCGUCUGCUGAUGGUGAGCCGCAUGGCCAAACCAGAGGAAGUCCUGGUGGUGGAGAAUGACCAGGGGGAGGUGGUCAGAGAGUUCAUGAAGGACACCGAUUCCAUAAAUCUCUACAAGAACAUGAGGGAAACGCUUGUGUACCUGACUCACUUGGACUAUGCAGACACAGAGCGCAUAAUGACAGAGAAGCUGCACAACCAGGUAAAUGGUACCGAGUGGUCCUGGAAGAAUCUCAACACAUUGUGUUGGGCCAUUGGAUCCAUCAGCGGGGCCAUGCACGAAGAGGAUGAAAAGAGGUUCCUGGUCACAGUCAUUAAGGAUCUGCUGGGUCUGUGUGAGCAAAAGAGAGGAAAGGACAACAAGGCCAUCAUCGCCUCCAACAUCAUGUACAUUGUCGGCCAGUAUCCCCGCUUCCUCAGAGCCCACUGGAAGUUCCUCAAAACGGUGGUCAACAAGCUCUUUGAGUUCAUGCAUGAGACCCAUGAUGGAGUUCAAGACAUGGCAUGUGACACAUUCAUCAAGAUCGCCCAGAAGUGCCGGCGCCACUUUAUCCAGGUUCAGGUGGGAGAGGUGAUGCCCUUCAUCGACGAGAUCCUCAACAACAUCAACACCAUCAUCUGUGAUCUACAACCACAGCAGGUGCACACCUUCUAUGAGGCGGUAGGUUACAUGAUCGGGGCACAGACUGACCAGGCUGUACAGGAGCGUCUGAUAGAGAAGUACAUGUUGCUGCCUAAUCAAGUGUGGGACAGUAUCAUCCAGCAGGCCACCAAGAAUGUAGACAUUUUGAAGGACCCAGAGACUGUGAAACAACUUGGCAGCAUCCUGAAAACUAACGUCAGAGCCUGUAAGGCCGUGGGACAUCCCUUUGUCAUCCAGUUGGGACGGAUUUACCUCGACAUGCUCAAUGUGUACAAGUGCCUCAGCGAGAACAUAUCUGCUGCCAUUCAGACAAAUGGUAUGGGAGGAGAGAUGGUGACCAAGCAGCCUCUGAUCAGGAGCAUGAGGACUGUGAAGCGGGAGACCUUGAAACUGAUCUCGGGCUGGGUCAGCCGAUCCAACGAUCCGCAGAUGGUCGGCGAGAACUUUGUUCCCCCACUGUUGGACGCCGUCCUCAUCGACUAUCAACGCAACGUCCCGGCUGCCCGUGAGCCCGAGGUUCUCAGCACCAUGGCAACCAUUGUCAACAAGCUGGGUGGUCACAUCACCAGCGAGAUACCCCAAAUCUUUGACGCCGUCUUCGAGUGCACUCUUAACAUGAUCAACAAGAACUUUGAGGAGUAUCCUGAGCACAGAACCCACUUCUUCUACCUGCUCCAAGCCGUCAACUCACACUGCUUCGCGGCAUUCCUCGCCAUCCCCCCGGCCCAGUUCAAACUGGUGCUGGACUCCAUUAUCUGGGCCUUCAAACACACCAUGAGGAAUGUUGCUGACACCGGUCUGCAGAUCCUCUACACGAUGCUGCAGAACGUGGCCCAGGAGGAAGCGGCGGCUCAGAGCUUCUACCAGACCUAUUUCUGCGAUAUCCUGCAACACAUCUUCUCCGUGGUCACCGACACGUCUCACACGGCGGGCCUGACCAUGCACGCGUCCAUCCUGGCCUACAUGUUCAACUUGGUGGAGGAGGGCAAGAUCACCACCGCUUUGAACCCCGCCUCGCCGGCCACCAACCAGGUCUUCAUUCAGGAGUACGUGGCCAACCUGCUCAAGACGGCCUUCCCUCACCUGCAAGACGCUCAGGUGAAGGUGUUUGUAACCGGCCUCUUCAGCCUAAACCAGGACAUUCCCGCCUUCAAGGAGCACCUUCGGGACUUCCUCGUCCAGAUUAAGGAGUUUGCCGGCGAGGACACCUCGGACCUUUUCCUGGAGGAGAGGGAAGCGUCGCUUCGUCAGGCUCAGGAGGAGAAACACAAAAUCCAAAUGUCAGUUCCGGGAAUCCUCAACCCGCACGAGAUCCCGGAGGAGAUGUGUGACUGAGGCCCGGGGGAGGGGGGGGGGAAGAAAAAAAAAACAAAAAAAUAAAACGCACAAGUGCGGUGAACAACAAACUUAACAAACACAACCCAAGAGAUGCACUCGAGCGUGACGGACAGCCCCUCCUCCCCCACCCUCAGUUCCCCGACCCAGCGGCGUGGACGUCACGGCGUCAACAACAACAUGUAAAAUGGUUCCGUGUGCAUCGUGUACUUUUUUUUUUUUUUGUACAGAGACUUUUUCUCUAACGGCUUUCCACACACGUCCGUCUUGCGUCUUGUCGGCGGCGAGCUACACCACAAGGACGCUUCAGCCAUCUUGUUUUUGCUCCUUCCUCCCGUAUAUUUGUUGAUGUAUAGAUGAUGAUGCCAUUAUGCACAGUCCGCAUGGAGGCUUCUAUAGUUGUAUAGCGGCGCCACAUACUGUACGUCAACCUAACGGCUAAUGAAUGAAGGCGUGGGAGGUGCUAGCUUAACGGCUCAGCAUCUUUUUCCACUAAGUUUGAACACUUUUUUUUCUUUUUUUUUUCCCCCUUAAGGAACGCAAAUAUGUGCAUAUCAUCCCAACUGUAUAGCAUCUUUAAUACCAUGGGAACAUUUUUUCCUCUUAUUCUAUUCUUUCUUGAGUGUGUGUGUGUGUGUGUGUGUGUGUGUGUGUGUGUGUGUAUACUGUCGCCUAGUCGACAUCAGGCUUUUGUUUUCCUCUAAGAGGAUUGUUGCUCAUGUGUGAGCCUCCAUUGACGGGACGUUUAAAGGAGGCGGGCAGAGGUAUUUAUAGGUUUUUUUUUUUUUUUGCUUGCAUCUUCCUAACUUUCAACAUGUUGAAGUGUACUCAUCGAGAUGGUUUACCAUGCAGUAGUGCUUCAAGACGCUACCCGCGGAGCAAAACGACAACAACAACAACGCAAGCGUUUACAUUUCAUUUUCUAUGAAUUUUACUACUUUUCAUUUGCAUUUUUUUGGGGGGUUCUGUGCAAAUAAAUCCAUACGGCAAAUAUUUGAAUUAGGCUGAAGAAUGUAUACAUCCCAAUAAUUAAGUACCCAGUCUCUAAUGGCAAAUAGCCCUCAACUCAAGGUGUUACAUUUGUUGUGAACUUUUUGAACCGAUUAAAUUUGAGAAUUUUACAACUUUGUCGUUGCUUUACACAUUUUCUUAAGUAGAUUUCGUAGGUUUUCAUCAAAGUCAAAACUAGAUUGAUGAUGACAGGGCAAAAAGUAUUGUGGUUUGAUUAUUACUGCCUUGCUAUGUGGGCGUUUUGUCAGAAAUGAAUUCAUAAUUGAUCUAUUGGUCUAUUA